UUGGAGCCGAACGCACAUGAAAAGUUUGAAAACAAACUUUUUUUUUAAUAACAAAUUUUAACCAGCGAGGAGAGGAGGACGAGUUAAGACAGCAUCGUGAAAUCUGUUUGAAAAUCUGCUAACACAACAAAGAGUCAUGAAUCUUUCCAAACCCAUCCGUGAGUAUUUGAUAUUCACUGACCCUAAGGUCAGUGCUGCCCUGGUUGAGCUAAAUAAGAAACGCCACGAGGAUGAAACUCUUAAGGCAGUGUUGGAGGAGCGCAGAAAGGAGUUGGAGAGUGUGCAGCAGAGGGCAGAAAAGUUGGAGGAGGAGCAGCAGAAGGCGGAAGAGUUCAAGACAAGCUUUGAUCUGUUUCUCAAGGAUGACGAUGCUGAUCGACUUGUUGAGAAGGCGGAGAGGGAGAGUAGAGAGGUUCUUCAAAAGGACGAAGAGAUACUGAAGUUAAAGGAGGAGGAGGCUGAACUGAUGAAGAGGAAGCAGAAGCUGGAGCGAGAGGUGCAGAGACACACUAAGUACUGGGACAUCAUGGAGCAGAUGGUGAAAAUGACUAAGUUCACAGAUGUGGAUUCGCUUGCGAAUCAUUUGGAGAGUCAGCUCCUCUUGAGAGACCGGCUCCUUCAGAGGGAGCGAGAGAAGCUGGAGCAGGUCGACCAGCUGAGAAAAACAUUGAUGACACUGGAGGACGAGCAGCACUUGUUUCUGCUGCAAAAGAACAACGAACUGUCCCAGCUGCAGACCGAGCUGGAGGAGGCACUAGCUGAAGCUCUAACCUGGGAAAGGAAGUGGAGCCGCAUUCAGGAAACUGCUGCAAAGAAAACACUUUUACUGGGACAGAUCAAGAUGGCGACCCUCAACCUCUAUGAAAUGACAGGUGGCACGUUAGAAGGAGAGGAAGGUGUUGAUAUAAAUGACACGGAGAAACAUCUGGACAAGAUCAAGCUGUUCAUCCUGGACCAUGAGGACAUAGUGAAACAAUAUCAAUCUUCACAGAGACACAGUGAUGGACAGAAAAGACAGAGGGGCAAAAAAAAGGUCACAAGUCAAAUUAAAAAACAUUGAUAUUCCAAUUUGAACUUAAACAGAAGUUUCCAUGCCACUUUAAAACAGAAUUCACCAAAUUUGCACAGAAUAGUUUGUUCAGUUGUUUUAAUGUAAAACUCUAUGAGUUGAUUUAACUUUAAACUAAAAAACAAUGAACUUCAAUAAACUGAAGAGACUGAAGAACAUCUCACUGAUCAUUGUGACAAGGAUCUGCUUUACAAUUACUGUAUAUUUAUUCUGUCAGUAAUGAAGAAGUAUUAGGGUUAGCUCUUGGUUUUAAUGAACAGGGGUUGAUCUAAAAUGGUUCUGAUAUUGGAAACCAAACAUUUUAAGUUGACUUGUUUUAACUUGAAAAAAUACUGUUACUACUAAUACUGUGACUUUAUACUGGUGGUGGUUCAAUCUCUGGCUCCUGCUGUCUGCGUGACUGCCAAAUGAAUGUAAUGUAAUGUAGGUAAUUGAUCAUUUAGAAUACAAGAACCUGUACUGUCACCCUGUGACCAUUAAAGAAAAGUACAUGAGCCCCUGUUUUAAUUUAUUUUGGCUGGAACAGGAAUUAUAAAAGUCUAAGUGUUCACUCAUAACGGGCGAUAAAGUUCAUAGAUAAAGCGUGUGUCUGUGUAGCACCAAUUCUUUCAGCCUUCUUGCUUUUGCCCUUGUUCUUUAAGGCUUUGUGAGUGCUGUAGCCUCUGUCUCUUCUCCUCCACCAGCUGACACUUCUCCUGGAUCUGCUUGUACUCUACCUCUAGGACAGAAAAUGGUUUCUCCAGACUCCUCAGCUCCUCCUCCUCUCUCUCAUAAUCAUUUUCAUUCAGCUCCAGGUCAAGCUGGAGUACCCCCUCUGCCCAAUCAAACUGUUGCUCUGAAUGUUCAAUUGAUCAGUUUCCUGUUGCUCACUAGCCUGUGUCUUUGACGUCUUGAUAUGUGGCUGGCAAUGCUUGCCUGCAAGUUUCCUUGCCUGCUACAUGGUGUGUAAUGUCAUGCACUGUCCAGCAUGGUCACAGCAGUGGAAAGUUGUGAUAUUAAGUGUGAUUUUUGUGCUUUAAAGAGCUUGAAAGACAAGCAAUGUGUUUGGAUUUUCCACAAGUUGCCAACCAUAAAGUUGUCCUUUUUCCGCUUAUAUCUGAUCUAUAACAUUAGUAAACAAUUUAUUAACCAUUAACAAUGCUAUAUUAAAGCUUAUAAACUCUUUAGAAACUAACCCUUUAGAAACUAAGGUAAUCACGCAAGAAA